AUGUCACCAACAUCUCACCAACAUCUCACCAACAUCUCUUUCGAUCUCCCUCCUCCUCUCACCCUGCUCUCCCGCCCUCGUCUCGUCCCCCAUUCCUUCCCCACUGCAGCAUCGCGCGUCUUCAGUCGUGCCCGCUGUCCACAGCUCCCCAUGGCCCUCGUGGCACAGGCGACGGGUGGGUGGAGCGACGGUAGCAGGGUGGAGACUAGCAGCAGCAGCGGUGGAGGGCAGAGGUACAAGGCAGUGAGUCCUGUGGAUGCGCGACAGGUGUGGUUCGUGGUGAGGCGCAGCAACGACGAGCUUUCCACAGACUUCCAGAAAGAGGUGGCGACGCUGUGGGCCAUGCGCCACACCAACCUGCAGCGACUGCUGGGGUACUGCUGGGAGAACCGUGCCACUUCCUUUCACCCUCCCUCGCCUGCUGCUGCUGCUCUUAGUGCUGCUGCUGCUGCCGGUGCUGAUACUGCAAAGAGUGCGAGUGCUGAUAAUGCCAAGAGUGCACGUGCUGAUGCUACUGCUGCUGCCAGUGAUGCAGAGGAGCAAGCAGAGGAGCAAGCAGAGGAGCAAGCAGAGGAGCAAGCAGAGGAGCGAGCAGAGGAGCGAGCAGAGGAGCAAGCAGAGGAGCAAGCAGAGGAGCGAGCAGAGGAGCAGGUGCUGGUGUUUGAGUGGGUGCCAGGAGGCAAUCUGCACACCCGCCUCCUUGCAGAGGGCUGCACGCCUCUGACCGUGUGGCAGUCUCUGGAUGUGACAGGCGGUGUGCUGCGCGGGCUGAAGCACAUCCAGAGUUAUGGGGUCGUGCAUGGCUGCAUACACCCUCGCAACAUCCUGCUUGACACUGCGCUGCAGCCUGUCUUGGCUGGCUGCAUGGCCGUGAAAAUGGGCGACCCCCUCCCAUCCAUCCCCACAGCACCACCACCACCAGCACCAGCAGCACCGCCACUACCAGCAGCAGCACCAGAAGCGGCAGCACCAGAAGCAGCAGCACCAGAAGCAGCAGAAUCAUCGCCAGUGCCAGCAGCAUCAGCAAGGGCAUCGGUGGCAUCACCAGAGAGUGGCACGGGGCGACCUGCCAACCAUGCAUACAUGGACCCAAUCCUGCAUGCCUCUUCUCGCACCACGCCCUCCACGGACGUUUUCAGCAUUGGAGUGGUAAUGCUGCAGCUCAUCACGGGUCGCCCCGCCUUCAUCCCUGCACCUGCACGCACCGACCACCAGCAAGGCACCAGCUCUGGCAGCGGGGAUGGCGGCAGUAGCAGCAACAGCAGCAAGAGCAUCAGCACAAACAGCUACAACAGUAGCAUGAGCACAGGAAGCGGCAACUCUAGUGGCAGUGGCUCAGUGCACAUCCGCGACUGGGCACAGCGCCUAGUGUCACGCAACACAACAGCCCAGCUGCGCGCUGCCCACCUGCCCCAAGCACCCGACGCCAUCGUGCUGCCCAUGGUGCGCCUCGCCCUCUCCUGCACCGCCUCCGACCCCCUCGCCCGGCCCACUGUGACCGACCUGCUGCGCUCCAUCAAGGCUCUCAAGCGCUCCCUCUCCGCCCUCCCACGUCCACCUCCGCCCGGCAACGCAGGGGCGAGCAGGGAUGGUGACACCCCUGGCGCUGCCGCCAGUGGAAGGGAUGAAGAGCACCAGGGUGGGGAGGGUGGGGAUGGGCUUUCUGGGGGUUUUAGUCAGAAUGCGCUGGAUGCAAAGUUAGAAUGGCUUAUGGAGGAAGAGGAUAGUGGUAGGCUUGUGACAGAUGUAUAG